CGUCGGCGGACCGCUCAUCCCGGAGGUGAAGGGGUGGUGUCGGCCAGCCGGCAGGUCUGGCCCCGCGGACCGGACCGCGCUCCUGGCUCGGGCAGAUUCCAGCUCACGGCAGAAAUGAGCCUGGUGGCCUGUGAAUGCCUGCCUGGCCCCAGCCUGGAGGCUGAGCCCUGUUCACGAGCAAGAUCCCAGACUUCUGUGUACCUGGAACAGAUCCGCAAGCAGGUAGCCACGGGGACACCUGACAUGACCAAGCGUGACUACCUGGUGGAUGCUGCCACACAGAUCCGCCUGGCCCUGGAGCGUGAUGUUAGUGAGGACUACGAGGCUGCCUUCAACCAUUACCAGAAUGGUGUGGAUGUGCUUCUCCGGGGUGUGCAUGUUGACCCCAACAAGGAGCGAUGCGAGGCAGUCAAGCUGAAAAUCACCAAGUACCUGCGGCGGGCUGAGGAGAUUUUCAACUGCCACCUGCAGCGGACACUGGGCAGCGGAGCCAGCCCAGACUCGGGCUUCAGCAGCCUGAGGCUUCGGCCCAUCCGCACGCUGAGUUCUGCUCUGGAGCAGCUGAGGGGCUGCAGGGUGGUCGGGGUCAUCGAGAAGGUGCAGCUGGUCCGGGACCCAGCCACUGGAGGGACCUUCGUAGUGAAGAGCUUGCCCAGGUGCCAUAUGGUAAGCCGGGAGCGGCUCACCAUCAUCCCACACGGAGUCCCCUACAUGACGAAGCUGCUGCGGUACUUUGUGAGCGAGGACUCCAUCUUCCUGCACCUGGAGCACGUACAAGGAGGCACUCUGUGGUCCCACCUGCUCUCCCAGGCGCCACCCCAACAUUCUGGCCUCAGAUCUGGCUCUACUCAGGAGAAGUCAAAGCUGGACAGUCGCCGCAGCCUCCUGACCUCAGCACGGCUCUCCCCAGGCUACACUGUGAGGCAAGACAGGAUCCUUCUGGAACCUUCUCGGACUUCUCAGAGGCUUCCUCCAGCCAGGGAGCUCCCACCCCUCAGACCCUUCAGAGAGGCUGACAAUGAGUCCAUGGCCAGGACCGGCACUUCCUGCUCCUCCCGUCCCACAAGGGCACCGGGUGGCCACUGGUACCUUCAAGCCAGGAGGACUGGCCAGAGCUCAGACCCUGGGCCCCCUCGCGGACUCCUUUGGGUUCGUGAAGGGGCCAGCCGGGUAUUGGGGGGCUGUGGCCGAGGCCGAGGUCACAGUCCCCCUUCGGUGGACAGAGCCUGCUGGGCGGGUGGUGAGGCUGUGUGGUAUGUGAAGGAGGAGCGGGUGAAGCAGUGGGCAGCCGAGAUGCUGGUGGCACUGGAGGCACUUCAUGAACAAGGGGUGCUGUGCCGGGACCUCAAUCCUCGGAACCUGCUCCUGGACCAGGCAGGUCACAUCCGGCUCACAUAUUUUGGCCAGUGGUCGGAAGUGGAGCCCCAGUGCAGCAGGGAGGCCGUGGACCACCUGUACAGCGCCCCAGAAGUUGGGGGGAUUUCUGAGCUGAGUGAAGCUUGUGACUGGUGGAGUUUCGGGUCACUACUCUAUGAGCUGCUGACAGGAACCGCACUGUUCCAGAUCCACCCCUCAGGAUUCCAGGCACACACCCAGCUCCAACUACCUGAUUGGCUCAGUCGCCCAGCAGCCUCCCUGCUGACUGAGCUGCUGCAGUUUGAACCCAAGCAGCGCCUGGGUGCCGGAGAGGGUGGUGCCAGACAACUCAAGUCCCACCCCUUUUUCAGUUCGAUCCAGUGGAGCAGACUGGCGGGGUAACAGGAGCAUUGGUGGGGCUGUGGAAGCAGCUGGCCUGCACUCCAUCUCCUGCCUCGCCUGUCGUCCCUCUCAGCGAUGGGCUUUAGAACAUAGGGAAGUUGUCUUUCCUGAUCAGCCUGGCCUUGGGCCUCCAAAGCAAUGAUCUCCACUGUCCCUGGAGAAGUUCCCAAAACUGCAGAGAGGAGGCUGCAUGGUGAGGCCCACACCUUAAAGCCGCUUGAGCCUUUUACAACAUCCACAGACAUCUGUUGGGCACAUUCCUUGUGCUUGAUGCCAGCCCGUCAAAGGGCGCCUCUGCUGCUCUGCUCAGAGUGACUGACCACUUGCAGCAACCCAAGUUUGGUGCCUCGCUUGGGACACCAAGAGAUGUAGGAUACUGAUCUUAAACCUGGACUGUGCUGGCUGGUCACUGUAGUCUGUAACUCCCAGAGGGGCAGGAAGAGGGUGGGGGAGGCAGGGAAGAUCUGUGGCGUGGGAAGAUUAGGGACAGGAUGAUCCGCUCCCUGUUUCUGGUCAUAUUUCUGUUUUGAUUCAGACUUGAGAACAAAAAAGAGGGAGGUUUUAAGAAGUAAGGUAUAAAGGAGCCAUGAUGGAAGGGGAGGCCCGCGCUCUGCCCCAGCUGGCCCCGAGGGGCUGAAGCAACCCAGCCAGGUCAUGCCCCUUCCCUUCUCAGGCCUCGGCUGUUUAUCAUUCUGAACUUUAAUCAUGAGGUUCUGCUCAAUUUACUAUCUUCUCUCACUCCCAUUUGGAGAAACCACAAAACAUGAGCAGAUUAUCCACAUGAAUUCAGCCAAACCUAAGAUGUUUCUGGUCUCUGAAGAACUGUGUUCAGUGGGCUCCUCAAAAUCAGCCCCUCCUCCGGUUUGAGGGCUUCCCCUAUUAUUGGGGUACACUACACUCCUUGUCCCAGAGCUAAAGUCCUACUAGACCUCUGUCCCUAGCUCCCAGCGGCACUUCUGACACUGCUCAUCAGUUGGGGAAUCUAGCCAGAUACUUGUGUCCUGAGACUAUGGCUCCUCUGACUCUUCUACUUCUCAGGUUGAGGAAAAGCAGUCUUUCUUGUGCCCCAUAGCCCACAUCCUGAAUGGCCAGAGGUUUGCCCAUCUUCUA